CGCAGACGGAAACAAAGGAGGAACAACAUAAAACCGAUUUUAUCGCAAACCGAAUAAUUAUUAUACAACAGUUAAAAAAAUAAAAGACUGUUCGAGGGGGUCUGGAAACGUGAUCUUUUUUUUCACGUAGGCGUUUGAAUUGAAUCGAGAAGGCGACAAAAGGCCGAGCCCUCGCGGAUUCACCCCCUCCUUCCUGUUGCUAACCGGGCGAGCGCGGAUAAGCACCGAUUGGGCGGAACUUCUUCUGUCCGCACUUUUUCCAUUUAAUGGUGGACAACCGGACAAGAAACUAAGCAUAACAGGAAACAAUAUAAAAUUCAAGAUGGCUCUUCUAAAGUCUCCUGUGGAACAAGAUAGCGCGUAUGAUUCGCCUUCCUCAUGGGAAUUCAGCCUUUCACCGUCCUCUCCAAGAAACCAAUCUUUACCAAAACCUCUUCACAGUUCUCAAUGCAGUAUUACCUGCACUGCUUGCAACAAAACGUACACCAGCCCCAGGGUGUUGCCUUGCUUGCACACUUUUUGCACAAAAUGUCUUGAAACGACAAAAAAGACGGUGAAUUGCCCCAUUUGCAACAUUGAUUUUUGUCUGCCACAAGCCGGAGUACAAGGAUUGAUCCCCGAUUAUGGAAUGAUGAAUUUUAUCAGGUCCCUGAAGGGGAAUUUGUACUGCACUAGUUGUAGGACCGACUCGACGGGAGCAGUCGCAAAGUGCAUUAAUUGUGACAAUUAUCUUUGCCACAAUUGCCUACUUGCUCAUAGUAAUAUGCAUUGCUUUGAGGGCCACAGAGUUAUUCAGUUCCCUAAGGAUUUUCUAUUCCAUGAAGAGGGAGAAAAACAGGAGGAAAAUGAACUUUUGAACAUGUCAAAAGAUGAAGAUGGGACAGUGCAGUGCAUAACACACAAGGAACAAUCUGUGAAAUACUUCUGUUUGACAUGUAAUGAGCCAAUUUGUCAGGUUUGUCUUACAGAAGAACAUGUAGGCCACAGGAGCGAUCCAAUUGAUGCCAUCGGUGAAGCUUUGCUCUCAGUCAUGUCUUCGACAAUGGAAGAAAACAAAAGCAGAUUAGAGGAUCUCGCCAUGAGCAUCAAAUACUCUCGGCACACAGAUUGGUGGUUGAACUCGCAAUACCAGGAGAUACAUAAUCGCAUCAAUGAUGUUUACAACCAAUACAAUUCUAUGUUAUUGAGAUACAAACAGCAGCAGGUUCAGCUGUUAGAAAGCUCAUUUAAUAAACUGAAAGGAGCAUUACACAAUAAUAGUAAUUUAUCUCAAGAUACAUAUGAAAAAACAAACCGUCUGACAGACUUUUUCUCUAGGCUUACAAAAUUUGGAACUGUGACACAAUGUCUGAUGUUUAAAAAGUUAUUAGAAGGCAAGCACAAAAGGCUUGCCACAUACAAACCUAAACCUCUACAAUGCCAUCUUAAAUUUGUUGCUGACGCUCAAGAUUUCAACAGUGUAUUAAACAGUACUUUUGGCCGAGUAGUGAGUGACAUUUCUGGUCAUGAGUCUGAAAUACCUGUACCGAGAAUCGGACAAUUGCUCAAUAUCGCCAAAGAAUAUUUCUCUCAAGGUGGGACGUUCCCGUUUAAAUAUGACCGUUGGUCCAACACUUGUUUGGAGGAUUUGAAGGCGAUUUCAGAAAUUGGUUUGUGCUCUGAAGACACUGGUUUAUUUAGACCAUAUAACUCAUUGAAAUCAACUGUUUCAAGACAAGUGAUCACCUAUAACUGGAAAUUCGGCUGCUACGGUACAAUGCAGGGACAGUUCACGGAACCAAAUGGCGUUGCAGUUAAUGCAGAAGGUGAUAUCAUCAUAGCCGAUACGAACAACAACAGAGUUCAAGUUUUUGAUAAAAUGGGCCGUUUCAAAUUUUUGUUCGGCGAGGGCUCGAAUAGCACCGAUGGUGGCAGCCUUCUGUUUCCAAACAGGGUUGCUGUUAUGGAGAAGACAGGUGACAUCGUAGUGACAGAACGUGCUCCAACACACCAAGUGCAGAUAUACAAUCAAUAUGGUCAAUUCAAAAGAAAAUUUGGUGCUAACAUUCUACAACACCCCAGAGCAGUGACUGUGGACAAAGACGGUUAUAUUAUUGUGGUUGAAUGCAAAGUAAUGAGAGUUGUUAUUUUUGACCAAUCUGGUGAAGUCGUUCACAAAUUCACCUGCAACACAACCCUUCAUUUCCCCAAUGGUGUCGCUGUAAACGAUAAGAGGCAGAUUUUCAUCAGCGAUAACAGAACACAUUGUGUUGUCGUUUAUGAUUACCGUGGAAACUUUGUACGACAUAUUGGAAGAGAGGGGCUCACCAAUUAUCCGAUAGGUGUCAUGUUAAACAAAGUUGGACAAGUCAUUGUGGCCGAUAACCAUAACAAUUUUAAUUUAACCAUUUUCACUCAAGAAGGCCAGCUAGUGACUGCCGUAGAAAGCAAAGUCAAACACGCACAAUGUUAUGAUGCGGCCAUCUCUUCUGACGGCACAGUCGUCCUCACUUCUAAAGACUACAGGGUUUAUAUUUAUCUAACUAACUUCUAAAUAGUGAAAAAGAAAUACUGAAAAUGCCGACCAUGUUUUAAGACUCCCCGAGCUUACUUUUGAUCCCGGUUUCGGACGGCCAAUUUUCUCGUCCCCUCUCAACAAAAUUUCCUAUUUUCCUAAAAUGCCAAAGUAAAUUUCUAUUUUUUAUACACUUUUCCCCUCUUGGAAAGGCUAAAGACUGAAAAGGUAAAUGAUCUGACUGUUUUUUAGUUUCUAACUUUUUUUUUGUUUCGAAGUUGUUUCAGAGAAGAACAAUAUUUUACAAGAAAUUUUUUUUAAAGAUGAUAAAAAUUAAUUUUUGUGAUAAUGAAUCAAGACGGAGAGUAACUAAAGCACUUAUUUUGAUCUUUUGAACUGAUUGGACCAAAUAUUUUUAGUGCCAUUUUUUGUUUGUAUAACACUAGUCGGAUUUUUGUCCUAUUUACCUUGGGAGGUGAAAAACUUUUAAAGUUAACUCUUGUUAAUUAAUUUAUAGGUCGGUACUGAUAGAUUUCUAAUUUUUCAUAGUUUUUCUUAUUAAGACAUUGAUUUAGGAAAAGAAAAUCAAUUUAAAAAGUAUUAAAUAAAUUGUGCCCCCUUUUUUCUGAAAUCUUUUCUGUAGUUUUCUCGUAAGUCAGUUACUUGUUAGUGGGGCUUCUAUAUUAUCUAUAUCUUGUAAUUGUUGUUUGACUGUUGUUAGAAGUUUGUUGAAUUUUUGUUUUUGUUUUCUCUAUUCCGAAAGGAUUUAGCAGUAGGAAAAUCUUGUAAUAUUAAGAAAAAUGAUUGGAAAAAAAUGUUGUCUAUUUGAUGUUCCUGUUGGAGAAAUUUAUCUGUUUUUAGAAAUGACCAAACUGUUUUUGUUAUUAUUUGCUUUGUGUAAUAUCGUUACUUAAUUGUUUU